AUGGCAUCACCAACAAGGAGGGUCGGCACCAGCAACUCGGAGAUCCCAGAGUUCCCGGUGGGCCCCGCCGGCCGGCCGGUGCCGGCCGUGGGGCUCGGCACGGCAUGGUUCCCGUUCGUGGAGGAAGACGUCAGGGCCGCCGUCCUCGCGGCACUGGAGCUCGGGUACCGCCACCUCGAUACCGCUUCGCUCUACCGCUCCGAGCGUGCCGUCGGCGACGCCGUGGCCGAGGCGGCGCGGCACGGGAUCGUGGCGUCCAGGGAGGAGGUGUUCGUGACGACCAAGAUGUGGUGCUCGCAAUCCCACCCGGAGCUCGUGCUACCUUCCCUCAAGGAGAGCUUGCAGAACCUUCAAAUGGAUUAUGUUGAUUUGUACCUGGUUCAUUGGCCGGUGGCUGCAAAGCCCGGAGAGCCACAAUUCCCGAUUAAAAGGGAGGAAAUCAUGCCCAUGGACCUGAGCGGUGUAUGGCGUGCGAUGGAGGAAUGCCAUCGGCUUGGCCUUGCUAGAAUGAUUGGUGUCAGCAAUUUCACAACAAAAAAGCUUCAAGAGCUACUGGCCAUUGCUGAAAUUCCCCCGGCAGUAAAUCAGGCCUGUGCAGAUCAUAUGAGUCAGUGA